UUCCACCUUCCCUCCCUCCUCUGAACCUUCUCAAUCUCCCCUCCCCCCACGUGGAGUAUAACACCCAUACGCAGACGGCACACGCGCAAGCACAUGAACCACCUCCACCACCACCUCGGCGGCUCCCACUUGCUCCCCUUCCUCUGAUCCUCCUCGUGCUCGUGCACAGCUCCACCGCGGCAACCUCGCCGCCGGCCGGGCCGGCUGCCCCGGCGCACUCUUCGGGCGGGCUCCUGCAAUGCCGAACAGCUAGUUUUUGGGCGAUUCAAGGCGGAGCCUCCUCCGGCUUUUGGGAUCAGGCUGGGAUUCCGAUGCGAUUCGUCGGGUUCUUCUUCUGCUGCUCAGGUGUCCCCCUCUGAUCAAUCGCGUCAGUUCUUCGGGCUGUCAUAGGGAGUGGCCUGCGCGUCGGUUAUUGGUGGCCUGGUAGGCCACCAAUAAUAUCAUCUCUCCUAGGCUUAUUUGCCUCCAUUUGUCAUCAGCUUCUUGGAAUCCACAUUCUGGUCAAAUGCUGUGAAGAAGAAUCCUCUUGGGCUGAAUAAAUUCAGCCUAUAACCACUAUGGGUGCCUGUGUAUCUUCAAGCAGAAAGCGGAGAUCGAAAAGAUUAUGUUGUAUUUACAGGCGCUACCGUGGCAAGGUUUUAACCAAUACGCCUAUAGUACGUGCCAGUAAUGUGGAGAACUUUGCUUCUUCCGGAGAAGCAGUCCAUUUAGGGACUUCUGCAGCUACUCGGCGGAGAUCUGAUGGCUCAAAUGUUACAUUCCACCUCACACAGCUGCAGUGGCAUCACAGUGAGCUGGACACAGAGAACGGAAAUGUUGUGUGCCAAGAAGAAGCAUGGUUUGACUCUGUCAGUAUUUUGGGAUCUGACUCAGAUGAAGACUUCAGCAGUGUCAAUGGAGACCUCCCUUCUAUGCCAAAUUCAACAGGUACACAAUUGAUGCAGUGUGAAGAUGCUUCAUCCAUCGCUGAUGCUAUCCAGAAGUUUGAAAGGAUUUUUGAUGGCUCCAGUGUUGCUCAAGCUGUUGGACAGUACCUGAAAAGGGAUGCAAACAAAAUAGAAGCAGAGAGGCCUAAAGUUGCAAGCCCUGAAGCUUGUGAUGUCUCUAGUGGAAAGGUUGAGGAUGCGAAGACACGAAAUGAGGGUAUAAAAAUUCUUACAAAACUUAGAAGGGGCGAGGAUGCAUGUAAUACCUUGAAGUCUUUCAAAGAUGGAGAGAAGCCUCAUGAAAGCAUCUUCAAAAGUUUGACACCAGUGUGCACGCCUCGUCAUGCUAACAAGGUCCAACCAUUAGCAGUAGCAAGUCCACGGGGCCAAAAGAAGAAAUCAGCUGUUGUCAGGCUUUCUUUCAAGAGGCAAUCUUUCGAUGGUGAACAAACUACUGAAAUAUGUUCCUCUAGAAGGUACUUGAUCCGCCCACGAGCUGGAUUAUUGGUUCCGCAAGCUGGUGAGAAAAUUUCUGAGGGUUGUUGGUCUGCGCUUGAGCCUUCGACAUUCAAACUGCGAGGGGAAAGUUUUUUCAAGGACAAAAAGAAAUCUCCUGCUCCAGCUUGUUCUCCAUACACUCCAUUUGGUGUGGACAUAUUCAUGUCCCCGAGGAAAAUUCACCACAUUGCCCAGCAUAUUGAGCUUCCAUCUGUAAAGUCAAAUGAAAAAAUUCCUUCACUACUUAUUGUAAACAUUCAGAUGCCUACAUAUCCUGCCGCUAUGUUCCUUGGUGAUAGUGACGGGGAAGGGAUUAAUCUAGUGCUAUAUUUCAAAUUGAAUGAUAACUUUGAGAAAGAAAUUUCUCCUCAGUUUCAUGACAGCAUCAAGAGACUUGUAAACGAUGAAAUAGAAAAGGUUAAGGCUUUCCCAUUGGACUCAACAGUCCCUUUCAGAGAAAGAUUGAAGAUAUUGGCAGGGUUGGUUAACCCAGAUGACAUGAAUCUGAGUUCUGCAGAGAGGAAGCUUGUUCAGGCUUACAAUGAAAAGCCAGUCCUCUCAAGGCCUCAGCACAACUUUUAUGUGGGAUCAAAUUACUUGGAGAUCGACCUUGAUGUACACCGCUUUAGCUUCAUCUCAAGGAAAGGGCUCGAAGCAUUCCGAGAACGAUUGAAACAUGGGGUGAUUGAUCUCGGCCUAACCAUACAGGCCCAGAAGCAGGAGGAACUUCCAGAGCAUGUCCUUUGCAGUGUAAGGCUAAACAAAGUUGAUUUUGUCGAUAACGGGCAAAUACCAACACUACUGCCAUGUGACGACGACUAAAAGUUCAGCCAGCACCAAGUUAACUGAAACUGAUGUUUGCGCCAAGGACAUUAGCAUGUGCUCGGAGUCCAUUACUUGAAGAAUUGUGGGUUUUCCUUGGUCUUGGAAGUUGAAGGGUGUAGGCAUGGCGGUUCCCGCUCUGUGAGAUGAAUAGAAGUGGGGAUCUGCGUGUAUAGUCAUGUUCUUUGGCACUCUGGUGUUGCGAGUCAAAUUCUGUUGGAACUUGGAAGUUGAUUUGCGAACCCGGAAUUGAGAAUGCCAGCAAGACGUCUUAUCAAUGAUCUAUUUAUUCAAUAUAUAUGUUCUCAAUCUGUUGAGGUAGAGAGAUUGCUGAAAUCAGGGUUACCUACUUUCGUCGUACUUUUUUGUUUUUCGAAACUCAGAUUGGCUCUAAGGCAUUGUAUUACUACCAGUAGACUCAGCCAAAAUGGUGAGUCACUUGGACAUUUACACGAGCAGGUGGACAUUUACACCA